AUGAGAUUCCGCUGGGCUACCGGCCUCUUGGUCGUGCUAGCUACUUCUGAAGCUGUCGGUGCUAGCAACUGGUUCAGUAGGUCUGUGUACAAUAGCUGGCAUGAGACUGAGCUUGAGAGAUGGCUCGCCGACCAUGACAUCCCCUUCCCAACACCUGCCGACCGCAAAGACUUGGAGAAGUUGGUCAAAAACAACUGGAAUGCCAAGGUACAGGCGCCUAUUGCCGACGUCUCUGACACGGCUUCAGACCACUUAAGCAAUGUCAAGGAAUGGAUUUUUGAUAGCUGGACUGAAUCUCGUCUGAAAGCUUUCCUUGAUCGUCACAGUAUCCCAGCCCCUCAGCCACGUAAGCGUGACACACUCCUCCGCGCCGCGCGUGAGAACUACGAGACUGUCGCAAAGAAGCUUGGCGAGACUGCUGCCUAUCCCGGAAACUGGUUGUACUCAGAAUGGAGUGAUUCGGAUCUCAAGGAAUGGCUUGACGCCCGUGGAUGGCCUGUUCCGCAACCUACUACUCGUGACCGUCUUAUUGCAGCUGUUCGACGCCAGUCUCGCCUUGCUAGCCUCGCUGCUCAGCAAUCUGCUGCUUCACUUUCGGCCUCCGCAGCUGCUACUGAGCAAACCCUCAGUGAAGCUCUCUUUGACGCCUGGUCUGACUCUAAUUUGAAGAAGUUCCUCGAUGAGCAUGGUGUCAAGGUACCUCAAGGUUCGAAGCGCAAUGAGCUCAUCGCCUUGGCUCGCAAGAACCGAAAAUACCUCACUAACCAAGCCUCGUCAAUUUCUGCAUCUGCCGCUAGCGCAUACGGUGCUGCUACUUCCAAGGCCGGGAAUGAGUAUGCACAAGCAACUGAAGAUGCGCAGCUCAAGGCUGAAGACGCAUUUGAUGCAGCAGCAGCACAAUGGUCUGACUCUCGAUUAAAGGCAUUUUUGGAUGCACGUGGCGUUCCUGUGCCUCAGCACUCGAAGCGCGAUGAGCUGCUUGCCAAGGUCCGACUCCACAAGCACAAGGCUGCUACUGGUUACAGCGCCUGGACAUUUGAUACCUGGACCAUUGAUAACUUAAAGAAAUAUUUGUCGUCUGUGAACAACAAAUACGCAAAGAAAGCCGAUGCCACGCGCGAGGAACUUCUCAAGCAAGCUCAAGAACAAUACGCAAAGGCAUCCAAGUCUGGAGGCACUCACUAUGCUUCCGCUACUUCGUACCUUGCUCAGGCCACCGCCGCAGCUAAGAAAGAUACUUUUGACGAAUGGUCCGAGUCUGAUUUGAAGAGCUACCUCGACUCAUACGGUAUUCCCACAUAUCAGGGUUCUCAUAUUAAUGAAUUCCGUGCCGCCGUCCGUCGUAAUGCUCAGUACUUCCGCUAUGGCACCAGCACCCCGACUCAGACAAUCUUUGCUCGCAUUCAACAGGGCGCUGGGUGGCUGCUUGAUCAGUUGAAAUUUGGUGCUGCCGUAGGCCGCGCCCAAGGUCAGGAUGCCGCUGAGUCUGCCAAGUCAAAGGCAGCAGAAGCUACUCAAAAGAUACGAGAGGAAUUGUAA